UCGAGUCAAUGGAGAGAGAAAGACCAGCUGCAAAAACCAGUUUUGUGGUCUUAACCCCUGUGGGCUUCGUUUUCUUCCUCCUUAAAGGAGGAAACUAAUUGAAUAUAUCACCUGGGUUGUUUGGACGCUCAGAUGAGAAUAUAUAAAAAGCAUAGUAAUAACAAUGAUGUAAGCAGUGGUCCCUGACUUUUUGGCAGCAGGGACCGGUUUUGUGGAAGACAGUUUUUCCACCGAUGGGGGCGGGGAGGAUGGUUUCCCCGGACGAUUCCAGUGCCUUACAUUCAGGCUCCCCUCCUGCCGUGCACCCGGUUCCUAACAGGCCCAGAAGGUACGGUCCACUUCCCGACUUUGGGGACCCCUGAUGUAAAGCAUCACUAGGAUCCAUUACAGGCUGUUUUGCCUAGUGGUUGAGGACAUGGGCUUUGCUGUCUCUUGGACCUGGGUUUGUGUUCUGGCUGUGACGGGUAGCAUAUUUUUAAUGUAGGCAAGAUUCUCUGUCAAGGAGGUUUGGAAAACAGUGACUGGACUCUGCUUUGUGGUGUGUGGGAGGGUCAGUGGGGCCCCUGAGGGGCGAUGGUCCCAUUCUCUGACACGGAGACCUCGGAGGGCUGAGACAAAGUCUGAACCCAGCUUUCGACGGGACGCGUGUGCGGUGGACACGGGCAGGACUCUCCGGAUGACCAGGUGAGAACUCAUGUCAGCUCCAGGCCAGCACGGCUCUCCUCCAGAGCUUGGUGGGCGCUAAUACGGGAGGGAAGAGGAAAAACCGGGCCAAGCCAGAGACUGGAGGAACGCUCCGGAAGGCACCCCCUCCAAGGCUGGACCGGAGCCGGGCAGGCGGGGUGGGCAGGGCGGCCCCAGAUGUGGCAAACUUCACCCAGGCUGGAUGUAGCGGAAGGCCUGCGGUUGGCUGGGGCGUGCGGGCGCCUUCCGCCCUGUCCCGAGGAGUAAAGAAUCCGAGCUGCGAGUCUGGCGCCGACGGGAAAGGGUGGCCCCAGGGUGGUGAGCGAGACUGAAACAGAGAUGGCAGGAAGCCGGGAAGAGCGAGUGGGGGUGGAGACCGACAAGGGGAAGGGAAAGGGCGGGUAGGAGGGGUGGAGAGAGAGAGAGAGAAAGAGAGGAGGCCUGAGGGGAGGAGAGAGGGGAGGAAGGGUGGGAGCAGGAGAAAGAGCGGAGGACUAGGACGCAGCGAGGAGGCCGCGGCGGGCGCAGCAGGCACUUUGGCCGGGCCGCCCCCGCGAGCAAGGCGCAGCCAUUCCGCUCCUCGGGGCGCCGCCGCCGCCGCCACCGCGCCCGGGGGCCAUGCUCCCGCCACCCCCGCGCCAGCCGCCGCCCCAGGCGCGCGCGGCCCGCGGUGCGGUGCGCCUGCAGCGGGCCUUUCUGCGCAGCCCGCUGGGCGUGCUCCGGCUGUUGCAGCUGGUGGCCGGCGCCUCCUUCUGGAUCACCAUCGCCACCAGCAGGUACCAGGGCCCUGUGCACUUCGCGCUCUUCGUGUCGGUGCUCUUCUGGCUGUUGACCCUGGGCCUCUACUUUCUGACGCUGCUGGGCAAGCACGAGCUGGUGCCCGUGCUGGGCUCGCGCUGGCUCGUGGUCAACGUGGCUCACGACCUGCUGGCGGCUGCGCUCUAUGGCGCCGCGACAGCCAUCAUGAUCGACCAGACCCAGAAGCACAGCUACUGCAACCUCAAGGAUUACCAGAUGCCCUGCGCCUACCACGCCUUCCUGGCGGCCGCCGUCUGCGGCAGCCUCUGCCUGGGCCUCUACCUGCUCUCGGCGCUGUACGGCUGCUGCCGCCGCUGCCAGGGCGAGCAGGAGGUGGCGUGAGGACGCCCCGCCGCGGGGCGGGGGACCGCGAGGAGACCAGCGCCCCAGCCCUUCCUGCCGCCCCGCGCCGGAACGCUCUGGCGCCCUCCCUUGCUCUCUGCCUUCCCGCCGCCUCCCGCGCCCGGGCACCCUGACACGCAGUUCCCGCCAGAGGGCAGCGCCACCGCCCCGAGUCCAGGCCGCUGUGCGGGAUGCGCCGUCUCCAGGAACCCGGGCAGGGCUACGCCCGCGGGACGGACGCGCACUCAGACUGGCCCAACGCAGGCGAGACCUCGCGAUUCCUCUUCCCCUUUCCUGCUAAGAUCGAGACGUGGACAGGCGCCGCGUAGAUCCGGGGGAGGCUCCCAGAUCGUUAGCAGUCUUCUGGCUGCGCCCCUGCCUCCUCCCUGCCGCCCCGCCGUGGGAAGGACACUCCCUUUCCACGGCCGCUCUUCCAGCCGUGAGUGCUGUAAAAGACGAGCAGGCAGUCGCCAGUGGAGCUGGGGACAGGCCUCUGCUAGUCCCGGAAUGAGCUUGGUUUUAGUUUGGGAUUUUGCGGGCAACCUGCGCAGCCCUUUCCGGCCCACCCCUCUGUACAUUGGUGUCUUGAGGUGGGGCCUAUCUCCAAAGGUGAGGAUGGAUGGCGAGGGCCUGUGGGCUCUAUUCUGGCGUCUGCCUGCUCCACCUUUGUCCUCGAAGUUCACGGAGGCCAGGCCCAAACGCACACUAGCUUCCCAGCCUUCCUCUCGCAGGCUUCUGCUCCAUUGCCAUCUCCCAGUAAGUUUCUUGCAUUAGGGACCCCACCCGACGGCCCGGGAACGUUAGGGUGAGCCCCGUUCAAUUUUACAGAUGGAGCCCUAGAGCUUGCUCGGAAGAAAGGCCAGAAUAACACGAGAGACCUGUCUCCCAGCUCCCAGUCUGGCGCUGUUUACAGGAAAGCAGCGGCUUUCCCUGGGAUCCUGGCGCAGGAGUUACCCUCCAAACGAGGGUUUCCAGGCCAAAUGGGUUUGUCAAAGGCGCUGCUGCUCCUUCACUAGCGGAUCAAAGGCUCUGAGAAGCUCUGCUGUAAAACAAGAGAGCAGUGUUUACUGCCUCUGGGCCUGGAUCGGAUUCUGCCACCUUAGGGUAUCCUGCAGUCCCGGCUCCCGCGUUGCGUCGUCCAAGGGGCCCCACCCAUAAGCUACGGUCUGUUUGAAGAUUCGGGGUGCUUGCUCUUUCCCUGGGGCUUUCUCUGACAGAGGGAGGGCCCAUCCGAUGGGAAAACAGCUGCUGCGAACAGGCCAGCCUGAGGCCUGGGAACUGGUGGGUUCGAACAUUCCUUUACAUCUUUUGGGAAACAAAGCCAAAGUUGUCCAGAUGAUUUCCCAGUCAAGGCACCUACCUCACCUGUAAGAGAUCUUGGCGCUACCUGUAAGAGAUCCUGGUGCUGACUCCCGGUCCCACUCGCCAACGACAGAAGAAAGCUCUCUGGAGCUGGGGUGAGCAGCUGGCCCAGCCGCUUCGAGGUUUCCGUGUGGCAGGUGCCGCGGAGAUUCCUGGGGCCUGCUUCCUUGGACGGGCAGUACCACUCUGGUCUGCAUCAGCACCGGUUUUGCCAUGGGGAGAGGGAAGGAUUGCUUUCUCAUCGACACCAUCCAGUUGACGAGCCAAGAUGGGUGAAGACUUGUUUUGCCCCAAUGUAAGAAAAACCCUGAUUCUCUUUGUGCUGCGACUUGGACAUGAGAUCCCAAACACCUGGAACUGAGCUGCGUGCCUCUGUGCCCGAAACAGUGGGUUUUGGCUCCAGCUUUUGUCCCUUUUGUUAGACGACAUCUAAGCUGCACCCUCAGCCCAGACCCAGGCCUCUGAGGACGUCUUCUGAGUGCCCCCAGCCCAUGGUGCUUUGUCUGUGGUCAGGUGACCUUACUCAGGAGUAGAUUUCUCCUUGGCCUUCUUGGUACCUUGUUCAUCCAGAUGUGCCUGAGACACUCCAGUGCUUACUGGCUCUUCCAGAUGUGCCUUCAGCUUGGCCUCCAGCUGCUUCUCCAGAUGUGAGAAGGAUAUGUAAGAUGGCCCUGCACCCAUCCCCUCCUCCCGCUCGAGGCCCUGUGCCAAAGGAGUGGCCACCUGACCUGGCCCAGAACUUCUGGAUACUGCAGGCAGUUUCAUUGGCCUUUCUCUCUGGACUGCAGGACUCAGUCUCACCCAAGUCCACUGCUCCCAGUGUGGAGUCUGGGAUCACUCGCAGACCAGGAGAGGGCUUUUCCAGCAUUCUACAAAGGCCAAAAGACAUCGUGGGAGGGGUGAUGGAUGGUAGGGAGAGGGGACCAAUGUGCCUCAUUUAAGAGUUCAGUGGUGAUUACUAACAUGCUUUUCUGAAUAAAGAUUGGUUUGUCUGA